AUGCCUCUCAUCCUGCAAGAAGCCGUCGAGGCCGACGCGCCUCGCAUCGUCGAGGUCGAGCGCCUCGCUUAUGCCUCUAACCCGCUGAGCCCUAUCUUGUUUCCUGGCCCAUUCCCACCAGAAGCCACAGUUCAGCGCGCGGAAGGCAUGGUCAAGCAACUCCGCGAAGAUCCGACCAUCCAAUGGAUCAAGGCCGUGGACACCGAGACUGGUGAACUGGCGGCGUUCGCGAAGUGGGAUAUCAUCGAGAAACCCAAGGAGCCCGUCCCAGGCCGAUCAUUCGGGCCUGGAUGCAACGUCGAGGCGUGCGAGGAGUACUUUGGCGGCAUUCACAGGAAGCGACGGGAGUUGAUGGGGGACAAAGCGUAUUGCUUACUUGACCUCCUCCAGACAGAUCCCAAGUAUCAAGGACGCGGAGCGGGUGGCAUGCUGAUCAAGUGGGGUCUGGAUAUUGCAGAUGCGCUUGGCCUGCCUGCAUAUCUCGAGUCUUCUCCCGUGGCGCACCGGUUGUAUCAGAAGUUCGGCUUCCAGGACAUUGAUGAGUUAGUCCUCAGCCCAAAGUGGAACUACGGGUCGGCGAAUCCAAGUAUCUACUUCAUGCUGCGGGGAGCACAGGUGAAGAUGUAG